GGCGACACGCGAAGGAAGAAAUGACGUUAUAUUUUACAAAUGAGGGCGACAUAUCACAUGUGUUUCGAAUAGCGCAAAACAACAAAAAUGGCGGAUAUCGAGCAGGAGCUAGCCCAUUUGGAGGCCCUGUGUAAACAAUUGUAUGAAACAGUGGACGGAAUCCAGAGAGCUGAGGCUGAGAAAGCAUUAGUGAACUUUGUAAACUCUCCAGAUUGCCUUACCAAGUGCCAGUUGUUAUUGGAAAGAGGCAGUUCUGCAUAUGCUCAAUUAUUAGCUGCGUCCUCACUCACAAAGCUGGUGUCGAGAAAUGCUCAAGUACUUCCGCUCGAGCAGCGUAUUGACAUCAAAAAUUAUGUACUUAACUACCUUGCCAGUCGACCAAAGUUACCCUCGUUCGUACGUCAGGCAUUGGUGCAGUUGUUUGCGAGAACUACAAAAUUGGGUUGGUUUGACAAUCAAAAGACAGUAUGGGUUUUUCGUGAUGUUAUGGAGGAUGCUGGCAAGUUCUUACAGAGUUCUGUGGAGCACUUUGUUAUUGGAGUUCAACUUCUUUCGCAAUUAGUCAGUGAAAUGAAUCAGCCGGACACAAUUAGGCCUUUAACAAAACACAGGAAAAUUGCCUCAUCGUUUAGAGAUACAGUUCUUUUUGAAAUAUUCCAGUUGUCCUCUAGUCUUCUAAAACAGGCACUCAAGGAACAUUUCAACUUUAGUGAUGAAAAUAAGCAUGCUGUCAUGGAUCAACUCCUUCGACUGGCACACAAUUGUUUGACGUUUGAUUUCAUCGGUACAUCUACUGAUGAGUCUUCUGACGAUAUGUCAACAGUACAGAUUCCUACUGGCUGGAGAUCAGCAUUCUUGGACGUUAGUACUGUUUUACUAUUCUUUGAUCUGUACAAGGCAUUGCCUUCAACUCUAUCCCCAAUGGCCAUUUCUUGCCUGGUUCAAAUAGCCUCAGUCCGGCGUUCUUUAUUUAACAACGCAGAACGAGCAAACUUUCUGAAACACCUCGUAUCUGGAGUCAAAUUCAUCUUGGAAAACCCUUCAGGUCUGACAGAAGCAACUAAUUAUCAUGAGUUUUGUAGAUUACUAGCGCGUUUAAAGUCUAAUUAUCAGCUGGGGGAACUCGUUAAGGUUGAUCUGUAUCCUGAUUUCAUUCGACUGGUGGCUAAGUUCACGAUAGAGAGUUUACAGAUGUGGCAAUUUGCACCAAAUAGCAUUCAUUAUUUACUUACCCUGUGGCAAAGAAUGGUUGCGUCCGUGCCUUACGUUAAGGCGGCAGAGCCUCAUUCCCUUGAGCGGUACACACCGGAAAUAACAAAAGCAUACAUCACAUCUCGUCUGGAGUCUGUCACGAUUGUUCUCAGGGAUGGUGUAGAAGACCCCUUAGAAGAUAGUGGAAUGGUCCAACAACAACUUGAUCAAUUAUCUACUAUAGGACGAUGCGAGUAUGAGAAGACGUGUGCGUUGCUGAUGCAGCUUUUUGACACGUCUGCUCAGCGUUACCAGAAAUUAAUCCAAACGAACACAAGCGGACCAGAAUUGGCAAUUGAAGAAGGUCGGCUUACAUGGCUUGUUUAUAUUAUCGGUGCAGUAAUAGGGGGCAGGGUGUCGUAUACCAGUGCAGAUGAGCAUGACGCCUUGGAUGGUGAACUUGUGUGUAGAGUGCUGCAGUUGAUGGAUUUGACAGACGGACGAUUGUCGCAAGGCGGCAGUGAAAAACUUGAUAUCGCAAUGUUGAGCUUUUUUGAACAAUUUAGGAAAAUAUAUGUUGGAGAUCAAGUGCAGAAAACCUCCAAAGUGUAUAAGAAGCUGUCACAAGUGUUGAAUAUUAAUGAUGAGGCAAUGGUGUUGAGUGUGUUUGUUGGAAAAGUAAUAACAAACUUGAAGUUUUGGGGCCGAAGUGAGCCAAUAAUUACGAAAACACUGCAGUUGUUAAGUGACUUGUCGGUUGGUUAUAGCAGCGUGCGGAAACUUAUCAAACUCGAUGCUGUUCAGUUUAUGCUCCAAAAUCACACAAGCGAUCAAUUUCCAUUCCUUGGUGUUAAUGGGACUCUCUCUUUGAAUGACAUGAGGUGUCGUACCACAUUCUACACAGCGCUCGGUAGAUUACUUAUGGUGGAUCUCGGUGAGGAUGAGCAGAGGUUUGAGAACUUCAUGAUGCCUUUGACUCAGGCUUUGGACUUCGUAGGUGUUCAACUCUCAAGUGCAGAGAAAGGUGUAGUGAGUUUCAACGAAGCACAAGCCAAGAGAACAUUGAUUGGUGUUGCACGGGAUUUGCGAGGCAUUGCUUUUGCGUUCAACACAAUUACGAGCUACAUGAUGCUGUUUGAUUGGAUCUAUCCUACUUACACACCCAUUCUCCUGAGGGCAGUACAACUGUGGUGUCAUGACCCAGCAGUGACAACUCCGAUAUUAAAGCUAAUGGCAGAGCUUGUUCAAAAUCGCUCUCAAAGGUUGCAGUUCAAUGUUUCUUCACCGAAUGGGAUUUUACUAUUCAGGGAGACUAGUAAAAUGGUGUGCAGUUAUGGAUCGUCAGUUUUGCAGCUUGGUGACAUUCCCAAAGAUCAGAUUUACAGAAUGAAGCUAAAGGGAAUUUCAAUAUGCUUCUCUAUGUUAAAGGCAGCAUUGUGUGGUAGCUACGUUAACUUCGGUGUUUUCAGGUUGUACAACGACACGGCAUUAGACGAUGCGCUCUCUACAUUCGUCAAACUCCUCAUGUCAUUAUCUCAGAGUGAUUUACUGGAUUAUCCAAAGCUCAGUCAGUCGUAUUAUACAUUACUGGAAUGUUUAUCGCAAGACCACAUGGACUUCAUCAGUAACCUUGAGCCGCCUGUCUUCCUAUCCAUCCUGGGCUCCAUAUCCGAAGGUCUUACUGCCUUAGAUACCAUGGUGUGUACAGGGUGUUGUGCAACUCUAGACCACAUUGUGACUUAUUUAUUCAAGAAGCUAUCGAAGACGGCCAAGAAACGUCCAGGCAGCCAGCUUCAGAACACAUCUUUCCUUAGAAUCUUAGAAUUACACCCGCAAAUAUUCCAACAGAUGCUGUCUACUGUACUUAAUAUCAUAAUGUUUGAGGAUUGUCGUAACCAGUGGUCCAUGUCUCGGCCAUUGCUAGGCCUUAUUACACUCAAUGAAGAGUACUUUGAUAACUUGCGCAAGACAAUAACAAGUGCACAGCCUCCAGAGAAGCAAGAAGCCAUGCAUCGGUGCUUUGAGAAUCUUAUGGAAGGCAUUGAAAGAAACCUACUUACAAAAAAUAGAGACAGGUUUACUCAGAAUUUAUCAAUAUUUCGAAGAGACGUGAAUGACUCGUUGAAAUCUACAGCCACUACCACAACAGUAGUAAUACAAAACUCGGACAUGAUGAGUUAAAACUGACUGCUAGCAGCUUCAAAAGUUGCUAAAUUUUCAUUGUUUAUGUCCAAAGAAGAACAUAGUUACUUUGCCUUGUAUUCAACACCCGAAGGGCUUGGAUUGGCGCACAGUUAAUCAUGGAUGAAUAUAACAGUGGGAGUUGCCAGGAAUGCAUCGAAAUGAGGAAUACUAACAACAAUGUUUAAAAAUCAAAUAUGGUUUAUCAUAAACCAGUGUACCACAAUGGAAUGGAAGAUUGCUCACUGUCUCCUAACCUUUAGUGAUUAUCUGCAAUAAAUGUGUUAAAUACUGUUCGAUAAUAAACCAUCCAAAACUGUAGAGGGAGCUAUAUAGACUGAUAAAAUCAAAUUUUGAUGUAUGCCAACAAUUGCUAGCAGCUUGAAAAUUGAACAUAACAUUGAUAAUCUUCAAAAUAUGAAUGCUGCUGUUAUCAGAAAUAAAAUGAGCAAAUGCAUAACAAUUUAUGAUUAUUUAUUGAUCAAGCCUUUAAUUUUCUUUUCUUCAAUCUACUCACAUUGGCUAACGGUCAAGCGCAAAAAUUUAAUUGGACAUAAGUUAAUUCUGAAUUGCAAAACGUAAUACAUUGAAGAUUGAGCCACCAUUUUCUAUGAAAUAUAUUUAGAAAUUGUAAGUUUAUGUCAAAUUAUUGUGUUGAUUAUUGGUCUGCAUCAAUCAGGCAUAUUAUUCUGAAAUUUGUCCUUGUAAGUGUACAUGUUUGCAUAGUUGUUUUUUUACAUGUAGUUAGGCAUUUUCUCUUUUCAAAAAGAAAUAUUUUCUUUCAUGGUUAAUUUUCAACACUCAGUUCAAUGUUACGUCGUUAAAAUGGGAUAUUGAGUGAAUUGAUAUGCAACCAGUCCCAUUCACAGCUGUUAUUUUAUAUGUUUUGAUAAUAUAAUUACCAACAAAAAUUUAUAUUUACAAAUCAGGGAUUUCUCUUUAGAUUCAAUGUUGAUUGUAAACUUUUCAGAACAGUAUUGUUGAUGUUCUAAAAAUUAUCAAAUUUUAUGUUUUUUAGAUCACAAAAAUUGUCAUACCUAUUAUUAUGCUUCUGAAGCUAUGUUUGUGUAAAGGUUGGGUUUCGGUAAUUUGUCAU